AUGAAAAAUUUACUGAAAGAAUUAGAUAUUUUCGAUAAAUUUGCAGAUGCUGAAUUUGCAUUACAUACAAUUGGAGGCAAAUUUAUGUCAGCUAUAUUCUCCAUCAUUGCUGUUAUCUUAAUUUUUGCAGAAUUAUUCAAUUAUACAAAACCAAUCGUUUACCGUGAUCUAUUAAAUAUUCCACAAUUGGAUAAAGACAACACAGUUAAUUUUACAUUUUCAAUUCAAGUAGCUUUACCAUGUUUCUUUUUACAUUUUGAUGCACUCGAUAGUAUUGGUGUAGAAAUGCUUGAUGUUUCGAAUGAUAUCAAGUUCAAAAGGAUGUCUGUCGAUAAUCGCUUUAUAGAUUACAGCAACGAGUCUUUAAAGGAUAUUUGUCUACCAUGUCACGGAUUAAAGCCAGAAGGUGAAUGCUGCAAUACAUGUGAUGAAGUAAAGGCUAUUUUCGAGGCAAGAGGUGAAGAUUUUAACCCACUUCCUUUCGAUCAAUGCAUGGGAAAUGUUAAUUUCAAAAAAGAUAUGUCAGAAAGCUGCCUGAUUGAAGGAACAAUACAUACGUUCAAAUCACCAGGACAAUUCCAUAUUGCUCCAGGCCGUAAUACUAAGUUUAGGAGAACAGGACACCAACAUGAUACUGGUUUAUCGCCAGAAGCAAGUUGUCCGCACACAAUACACGAGUUUUAUGUUGGACAGAAGUAUGAUAACGUCAGAUCGCCUAUUCGUGGAAAGAUUUUCAGAGAUCGCGAUUCAUUACCUCGAAUUUACCUUUACGAUCUAUUUAUUACCAAAGUUUUACAUACAUUCAACGAUGCUCUACAAUAUACAUCAUACGAAUACUCCUACAAUUUAGGCGCAAAGAUAUUUAACCCAGGAUCUUUCUAUCAACCCGGAAUUUACUUCAAAUACAUGUUCUCUCCUAUGACCAUUGUCGAGAGAUCCAUAUCCAAGAACCCAAUGAGGUUUUUGGUCACAUCUGUUGGAGUUUUGGCUGGAAUUUUCGCAUUUCUGAAUGCUGUUGGCGGAAUGAUGGCCAAGAUAUGUCCAACUGAAGGACCACGCGUUCCAGAGGCUUUGAAAUAA